GCUUUCCGUUGAGUAAUCCGUUACUCUGAUAACGGGAACACGCGUCGCUGUUUGGCUGGAGAGAGAAAACGGAAAGUCCUCAACUCUUUAUUUCGUUGUUGUGUAGUUUAUUAUAGAGAGAAAAAAAAAAGAAAAGAAAAGAAGGGGGGAAAAGUUUUUCGGGAAGUGUGUGUGAGCAGAGUAAGGGUGUGUCUAAAGUCGGGUAUUAAGCAUCUUUUGGGCACCGUUAGAGUGUGUGUGAGUGUGUGUGAGGCGGUGAAGGAACCUGUUAGUGGCUGUAGACACUGUGCUGUGUCUGGGUGGGAACUCGGAGGAGAAAAGGAAAGGAAUCUGCGGGGCCGCACAACAACCGCAGCGCAGCCUAUAUAAGGAAUGCGGCGUGUGUGUAUACAUCCUCAACUGCGAUUCUGAUCAGGAGGACACGGCUGUCCACACUGGGACUGAAUACACUGGGACUGUCCACAAAGGAACUGUACUUAUUGGGGAUGUACACAGUGGAUCCGUACACACUGGAACUGUAUACACUGGGGCUGUCCACAAUGGGACUGUACUCACUGGGGCUGUACAUACAGACUGAACACACUGGGACUGCACACACACACUGGGACUGCACACACAUACUGGAUAUGCAAACACUGAGACUGUACUCACUGGUUCUGACAGACUGGUACUGUAUACACUGGAUCUGUAUCUACUGGGACUGUACCACUUGAUCACAAUUAACUUUUGGGGGUCUUUUGUGGGUUUCCACCCAACCUGCUUUGAUGCAUUCGAUUUAUUAAUGCUUUUUUUAUAUCUAUAAUUUGUGUUUUCUUGGACUGCACUGUGUUUAUGCGAAUGACUAGUUCAGAUAUCUCUCUCUCCAGGUGUUUUUAUACGGUUGUUAUUAUUAUUAUUAUUUAAGAGCGCACACAUGAUUUACUUCUUCUUCCUAUUCGACUGUUCUGCUGAUGCACAUGCUUAAAUGCGUCGCUUUACCAGUCUAAAGACUUUCUGAACAGCGAGCACGAGGUCCCGUGCUUUUUUUCUCUCUCCUCGUUUUCUCCUGUUUCUGUGCCACUUCAGAAAUAACGGUGUGUUUUGGUUCCGUUUCCGUCAUGCGCUCCCUGGCGGUGCUCCGGUCUCAGCGCGCAGCUUUCUUUCUGCUGAUCGGAGGCGUAAAACCUCGCUCAGGGUUUAUCAAAUGGGGAGAAAAUAGAGAUACGGUAUAUAUCUGGGUUUUUUUUCGUUGUUUUGUGCUUCAGAUCUGAUUUUCCUACGUGCAAACUCGCGGACACAGACGCAACCGUUUCCAUCCGUUCUGAAAAGGUGUUGGAAGGCAAGGCGUUGCACCAAAUGUCAACUUGUGCAGUGAGUAACUACAGCCAUGUACUGGAAGGCCAGUCAGACUCUGAUGAUGAAGAUAAGCUCCAUAUUGUGGAGGAAGACGGGACACUCGUUGAUGGAGCUGACGGUGACAGCGUUGCCCACGACGAUGAUGCCAACGGCACUGAGGACCGAUGGGAUGAAGUGAAAGAGGAGUGUGUGUCAGAGGAGGAUGAGAGGAGUAGGGAUGCGCUUGUUGAGGAAAUGCUUCAGCAGGGAGACACAGCUGUCAUUUUUCCAGAGGCACCAGAAGACGAACAACGUCAGGGAACACCGGAGACUAGCGGCCAUGACGAGAAUGGCACACCAGAUGCGUUUUCUCAGCUCCUCACCUGUCCCUACUGCUCUCGCGGCUACAAGCGCUACACAUCUCUGAAGGAGCACAUAAAGUAUAGACACGAGAAGAGCGAGGACAACUUCAGCUGCUCACUUUGCAGCUACACUUUCUCCCACCGCACACAGCUCGACCGACACAUGAGCGCUCAUAAAGCAGGCAGAGACCAGCGGCAUGUAACCCAAACCGGGGGAGGAGGAAACCGUAAGUUUAAGUGCACUGAAUGUGGCAAAGCCUUCAAGUACAAACACCACCUAAAAGAACACCUGCGUAUCCACAGUGGGGAGAAGCCAUACGAGUGCCCCAACUGUAAAAAGCGUUUCUCUCACUCCGGCUCCUACAGUUCACAUAUCAGCAGCAAGAAAUGCAUUGGCCUCAUUUCUGUCAACGGACGCACACGACCAUCACCAACCACAGGAGGCACAAAAACCCCUCAGUGUCCUUCACCAUCCCUGCCCUCCUCCCCUUCCACUGCCCGCACUCAGAUCCGGGACAAAUUGGACCAUAGUAAACCCUUGCAGGAGCAGCUCCCAAUCACACAGAUUAAGUCUGAGCCAUUGGACUAUGAGUAUAAGCCUGUGGUAGUUGCCCCGACUGCCCCUGGAGGAGUAAAUGGGGUUUUCCAAGGAGGAGCAGCAGCACCACUACAAGGGGCAGUGCAGGCUGUGGUCCUCCCCACUGUAGGACUGGUCUCCCCAAUCAGCAUUAAUUUAGAGGCCUUGCAGAGCAUGCUAAAUGCAGCAAUGGAUGGGAAUGUGAUCAGGCAGGUGUUGGAAAAUGCCCAGACCAAAGGCCAGCCUGCAAGCACUGGCAGAGUGGCUAUCGCACAGGCUCCACAGCAAGUCAUCCAAGCCAUCAGUCUUCCCAUUGUCGACCAGGACGGUAACACCAAGAUCAUAAUCAACUACAGCCUCGACCCACAGGCUCAAGCAGCUCUGCAGAACUUAAAGAAAGAGCCAGUGGGGCAGAAUGCGGACUCUUGCAAAGCUGAACGAAUGCCUGAGGAUCUGACGGUUAAAAGCAAGACAACCAGGGACAAAACCAAUAUCACUGUGGAUGAAGAGUGCCAGGAGGAGGGCAAACUUUCUAAUCACAUUACAAAUAAACACUGUGUCAAAGAGGAACAGGAGGUUAAUGGAACAUACUUAGACAAGGAGAAGUCUGAAGCAGAUGAUAAAUUGUGUCCUGGGCAGCCCCCAUUAAAGAAUCUUAUGUCUGAGUCAGUCAAGCUCCCUACUAAUGCUGCCAAGCAGUGGUUUGACAAGGUGCAGAAUGGGCAGGUUCCAAUGGAGGUCUCAACAGCCACACCCCAGAAAGAGCAGACAAACAGUAUAGACAUUAAUGGCACUCCGGAGGAAACUUUCGAGUCGAUGUCAGAGCAGGACAGCGAAAGAAACCAAGAGGAGGAGGAGAUGGAGCUGCGCAGCCCAGCUGAGGGCACUACAGCUGGGAUAAGUGGAACAGAAAAUGGCCCCACAUCCCCUUUACCACUAAAUCUAUCUGCAGAUGGGCCUGUGCCAGCCCAGACUGCAGAGGAAGGAGAGGGACCUCUUGAUUUGUCUCUCCCAAAAUCUGUAGCGGCAGCAAAUACAACCAGUGCUCACUCUGUUUACUCAGCUCAGGACGAGCCUUUGAACUUGGUUUGCACAAAGAAGGAAGUGCUCAGCAAUGCAAGCACCAGCACUGCCAUCUAUGCCAGCCAAACAAGUGCCAAUCCCCUGAAUAUUGUGACCACUCAACUGCCCACCCUGUUGGCAAUCGCCAAGCAAGGAGGUGGACAGUGCCUGCGUACCCUCACCACCACCACUAAACAGACCAUCUUAAUCCCACAGCUAGCCUACACCUACACCACUACAGCCUCCAGUCCAGCAGGGGGCGACACACCACAGAAAGCCAUUUUACAGGUCAAUGGGAUCAAGGAGGAAAAGCAGGAGGCCGGUUUAGAAGUGGCUUCGGUGCUGGAGGAGCAGACAGACUCGGACUCUGGGCCAGUGAGGAAGAAGAUGAAGAAGACUGAAAAUGGCUUGUACGCCUGUGACCUGUGUGACAAAAUCUUCCAGAAGAGCAGCUCCCUGCUUCGACAUAAAUACGAACACACAGGUAAACGUCCUCAUGAAUGCGGGAUCUGCAGCAAAGCUUUCAAACACAAGCAUCACCUGAUCGAGCACCUGCGUCUGCACUCGGGAGAAAAGCCGUACCAGUGUGACAAGUGCGGCAAACGCUUCUCUCACUCCGGCUCCUACUCGCAGCACAUGAACCACCGCUACUCAUACUGUAAAAAGGAGGCACACAGCCAGAACCUGGUGCAGAGGGACGAAGAGGAGGAGAACGCCAACGAAGAGCAGCCUGGAGCAGCAAGCAGUGCCGCCUCGCCCCCGUCUCAGGUCGACUCGGACGAGCGAGGGAGCAGUGCCAGGGAGGACGAGGAGAGCGAGGAAGAAGACGCAACUGGUUCGGGAAGCGUGGUGGACGAGGACGAAAUACAGGUGGUGAGGAUCGGAGAGGAAGGAGGAGAGGACGAGGAUGACAGCGGAGAACAGUACAGAAUGGAGGAGAUGGACACAGGAGACGAGGGGGUGGUUCUGGAGAACGGAGAACAUGAGGAGGGUGCAGUGGAAAGUCAAGAAGAGGGAGAAGAAGAUGGAGAGAUGUUGAAGGUUGUGGUGAUGCAGGAUGGCGAGGAGGACGAAGAAGAGCAGGCUGAGAACACAGAAGCGAUGGACUUGCAAGAAAACAUAGGAGAGCAGAAAUCUGAGGGUGAAGGAGAAAGUGUGGAGGAGGAGGAGGGUACAAAUGAAGGAAACACACCCAGUGAAAAUGGAGAUGUGAAAUGAAGAGGAAACCACAUCAGGGCUUUUCUCGCUCUUAUUCUUUGCUACUUAGUUUUACAAAACAAACAAAAAACCGUUACUAAUUUGAACAAAGACUGCAGAUUUGGCUGCUUUUAGAAGAUUGCAGGAAAUGGUGCAAGAGGAAGGAAGGAAGAAAAGAAGGAGGAAGUGAGCGAGCGCAGGAGCCCUGCCAUUGCAUUUUAUCCCACUACUGUGUAUAAAACCCUUUGUGUGCCUGAUGAUUAAAAAAAACAAGUGUUUUUUUUUCCAGAUAAGGACAAUUUUCAGUGUUUAUGGUUUGUAUAAAUACAAAGUUUAAUGAAAACCGACACGUAUACAGACUGAAAGCUAAACGCAGUUUAGCUAAUAACAUUUUAUUACUAAAACCUUUGGUUUCUUUUUAUCAGUGUUACUAAUUUUUUUGUCACUCUUGUUUCAACCUUAAAAAAAAAAAAAGCUGUACAGUUGGGAGAGAUUUCUAUACAUUUUUAUUGCCAAUGAACAAAACUCAGUAUUUUAUUGCAUAUGAAGGAAAGAAAAUGAUCCUGUGCACUACCAUGCUCCCAGUUUACUGAUGAUCACCUCUGUGGGCCUUGUUUAAUGUCUACCUUUCAGUAUUAAUACUCUCGAGCUAACCCAUGUUUCAUGCUAGCCUACGCUAGUGCAGCGUUCUGUCUAUCGGUUUUGUUUGGAAGUGGUCUGUGAGCCUUAAAUGUAAGAUAAAACAGGGGAACACAAUCCUAGAUCCAAAAAAUGAAAUGAAAUUAAUGAGACGGGUCAAAUUUGCACCCCCACACUUUCCCUUAUGCAAAAGCAUGCAUGUGUUAAGUGCCAUUGCACAGAGCUGGUGCACUUCUCUCACACUCUUCUUCAGCAGCAUGUUCCUAAUGUGGUAGCAAACCUGUGACCCCUGACCCUGAACCACUAGUCCGAACUUGAGGACUGUUCCUGUCUCUUUAAGGAACAAAAAGAAUUUCUAACAAACAGUCAGGAAUUAAAGAACAAAACAUUUCCAGCUUUGAAGUGUUUCUGCUUUCCCCUGUUCGAUGCACUUCUUCAUGUGAUUAACUGCGCAUUCGCUUUUACUUCAGGUAUUAAAUAUGAACCCACCAUGA